AUGCUCGCAUCGUCGGUGCCUACGCAAGUUGUACCUACGAAUUUGCCAGAGCAUAUUCUGUCCAUAAUUGCGUCUCAGCUCGCUCGUCAGUCACAGCUAGAGCAGCAAGGACCAUCUGCUUCGACUACUGCUUCGUCCGCCCGCCUUCCCGCAACAUCGAAAGCGGCCUGUCAUCUGUCGGCUGUGCCGCAGGACUCAGCUCCCCCGCCCGCUACGUCCGAUGCCGUGCCUGCGCAACUCGUUGCAGAAGCCCACAAUGUCGUGGCCCAGUCCUCGUCUUCGGCACCGCGCUCAGCAACGGCAAGUCGCGGCUCGUCCUUCAAAGACGGACACGUCGAGUUGAGCGGCAACGAGUCCUUUGGGAGUGGCAUCUGUGUUCUUCCCGUGCUCGCUCCUUGGGAGGCUAUCCGGUCCUUGACGGUGACGUGCCCCAUCACGAUCAACGACCUGCACCUCAUCCUGUAUCAAGCGACGAAGUUAGAGCGAGCGGUGUUCUCCUCGAUCGUACAGGAUACUAAGAAGGCGAGGUGCAGGGUUGAUAUCAACGUCAACAAUCUCCGGGAGUUGAUCAUUGAAGACGUUCGGACGCCCAUCGGGAGUAUAUUCGACGAUCUGGAGGCAUUGGAACUGGAGGAGAUCCUCGUUUCCUAUACUUCCACCUCGGCGCUGUGCGAGGAUGAGGAUGGAUACUGCCAGUUCCUGGAAGACAUGGCUCAAGAUCGCAAGCCAGGCAACAUCAUAAUUUAUUCCAACGAUUCGUGGUACCGAGACGCCCGCGCCCAAGGGUUACAAGAGCAGUUGGAGGCGAGUUCCAAUUGGACCGCAGCUGUGAUAUGAUGUAGUACACUAGACUCAGGUAGGCACACAGUAGGACGAGUGAUUUAUAUCAGGAAUAAGCCCGCCACCCCAGGUACCGUAUUUUCAUGCCAUAUUGUUUCUCUAAUACGCGAAACUCAGAAGCAUCCUUGCGGUGUAAGCCAUCUUGGUAUCUGGCGAAGUCGAUAUGCACGAUCUUGAGAGGGUACUGGUAUCGUUUACGGGAGGCUAUCAUGCCUGCGACAGUGCCGUCUGUGGUCGCGCAAAUACAGUGGUGAAUGAUCAAUUUCUCCAAGACAGGCGCCAGCGGCGGCCCAUAUGCAGGAUCCAUACGAGUGAAAAAUGCGUCCUGGAUGAGCGGUCCAUCGACCAUCAGCCAGGUCAGCGUGGCCAUUUGGGGGAGCUGCAGCAAAGCUAGGAGGUCCGCUUCAG